GAAAAAAAUCCUUUCAGGAACCUUUGGAAAAUAGCAAAAUUAUCAAAGAGAAACAUUACAUGACACAGAUUGAGUAGCUGAUUGCACACAACUGCGACUUUCGGCAAAUAAAUUACCCACGCGCAGCAGAAUUCAAAAGUGGCAUAGCGUGCUGUGAUGGGUUUUUCACUGAAGCUCAAAACCAAAUCAGGCCAGCAGCAUAUUGUGAGUAAGCUGGCAGAGACUACGACCGUCGGUGACCUUAAGACGCGAAUCACCGAGCUCACCAGCAUUCCGGGCGAUGCACUGCACGUGGUGCUUGGCUUUCCACCGUUCAAACCGUUGGACUUUUCCAACGAAGCCAGCCAGGUGCUAGCGUCAGGUAUUAGCAAUGGUGAUACACUAAUCGUGGAAGAAAAGUCACUGACGGAGGAAGAGCGCCAGCAAUUAGAAGCAGCGAAACGGCUGGAGCAGGACGAGAAGCUAGCAAAGGAACUAGCUGCCCAAGGCAGUGAAAGCAGUGGCAUCCUGCUGAAGAAGGUUGUUCCUUCCGACAAUUCAUGCCUAUUCACGAGCAUAGGGUACGUUAUCACCGGAAAGGUUGACCCGGAAAGCAGUCAGUACAUGAGACAGAUAAUCGCUAGUACGGUAAAUGCCGAUAAGCACGAGUACAAUGAAGGCAUCCUCGGUCGCCCAAACGAUGAGUACUGUGCCUGGAUACUGCAGCCCGAAUCGUGGGGUGGAGCGAUUGAAGUUUCCAUCCUGUCCGCCUACUAUGGCAUGGAGUUUGACGUGGUCGACAUCACCAAUGCCAUCAUAAAUCGGUUCGGUGAGGACAAGAACUAUGGCAUGCGUGCAUUCCUGCUGUUCGAUGGCAUUCACUACGAUCCUUUGUACCUGGAAUCAACGAGUGGCGAUGCACCAAAGACGAUUUUCCCCAUCGAGGACCAGUCAGUGUACCUUCAAGCGGAGCAAUUAGCCAAGGAAGCCAAAUCGGCACGCCAGUACACGGAUGUGAACAAGUUCACCCUCAAGUGCAUAGACUGCGACUGCUUCCUGAAAGGCCAGGUUGAAGCCCAACAGCACGCGCAAAAGACAGGCCACAUCAACUUUGGCGAAGUUUAACACGGAUCAACACCGUUUCUACGUGUUCCGUACGCGCUCCGUAGGCUCCCAAAUUUUUUGUGUGUAGGCAUUCAAUUGGUGCAAUUCUUGUUUCAUUUCGGAAUAGUAGGAUUGGUUUUGUCCCUUCUAUCCCACCUUCGUCGCUUUACGGUCGGCUUGUGUCUGAAGCACGCUUGCCUACGUAUCCGAAGAAGCACAUAUGACCCACUCAGGUUUGGAAAAUGCUCUUUUUUAGCCUUUGUUUUUUGUGUAUUUAUGUUAACAAAUGAUGAAUAAACAUCACGUAUCAGUUCGCAAGAGUUUCGCAACAAUGCAACCCAC